AUGUCCACCUCGAUUGUUCGUACCAUCAAGAACAUCUAUUCGUCGGGCCUCAGAAGAGCAGCCUGGCAAAUCCAGAACCACAACGAUACCAAGAGAGGUUGGUUGGUGGGCCAGGAUGACUGGGGAAACAAGUACUACGAGACUGAUGUGCCAGAGGAAAUCCACUUGAGAACGAGAUGGGUUGAGUACGCUGACUGGGGUAUUGACAUCUCGCGUGUGGAGCCUGGUUGGCAUUACUGGUUGGGGUACGGAACCAACACACCUCCAACGCAGUUGCCUGAAGACCAAAAGGCAAUCAGAGCAUAUCCAUUGCCAGCCAAGCACAAGGAGAACAUGACCACAACUGCUGGUGCUUAUGUUCCAUACAACACUGCCAGACCCAAGUGCCAGGCAUGGACUCCGGAGGUGAGGGAGAGAGUUUAG